AUGAAGUUUGGAGCAACCAACGAGGCACCCAGCUCUAAGCUCCUGUUCACCCUGAACCUUCCACCCCGAGGCAAGCUGUCCCAGCCUGCACCCUCUCCUUCUUCAGCUCCUUCAGCUUGUCUUUCUCCUCCCUCCUGGCAUCCACAGGCCCAUCUGGACUCCCAGUCAACCCUCUACCCCAAUGAGGGGCAGGGGGAUGAACCGGGAGGCCCGGAUGUGGAUCCCCAGCCUCUUCGGCAUUCUACACCAAGGAAUGUCCGUGACUCGGGGCAGCAGUCCCGCCAUGAUGCAUCUACUAUAACAGACCUCUGCUCAGACCUGCCGGAGUUGGAGAUAGUGAGUCUGCUGUCAGAAGGUCAGCCCAAGUACACUCUUCGAGCAAACACGGUGUUUGGAUAUGACAAUGACGACUGGCUGCACACCCCUCUGGUGCCACAUGAGGUCGUACUGGGACUCACAUAUGAACAGAUCGAAGAGACCUUCAAAUAUUUCUUGCUGUGCUCAGACAGAGUGGGCCAGGUCACCAAGACGUAUCAUGACCUCAAGGCGGUCACCCACCUGCUGGAGGAGAAAGAGCGUGACCUGGAGUUAGCAGCUCGAAUCGGUCAGUCCCUCCUGAAGCAGAACCAAGAGCUAACAGCUCGCAAUGAAACACUGGAUGAACAGAUGGAAAUUGCAAAGGAAGAGAUUGCUCAACUUCGCCAUGAGCUGUCAAUGCGAGACGACCUGCUGCAGUUCUACGCCAGCACUGAGGAGACAGAAAGUGCUCUGGGCCUCUCACCAAUGAAAAGAAAUGAAUCCAGCAGUUCUCUCAGCAACUUUGUCCAUUAUGACUUUCUGCAUCAGAAGCUGAAGAGUUUGGAGGAGGAGAACCGCAAACUGAGAUUAGAGGCCACUGAGCUCUCCACAGAGACUACUAACUAUGAGGAGCAGGAACAGGAGCUGAUGAUGGUGUGUGUGGAGGAACUCUCGUCUGCAAAUAAACAGGUGGUGGACCUGUCAGAGGAGCUGGCUCGAAAAGUAGAGGACACUGUCCGACAGCAGGAAGAAAUCAGCUCACUGCUCGCUCAGAUUGUCGACCUGCAGGCCCGCUGCAAAGGGCUUGGUCAUGAGAACGAGGAGUUGAACCACCAACUGAGUGCCUCCAGAGAGAACGAGUCAAAACUUAAAUCACAGCUCAAGGACUUGCAGGACAAGUACUCUGAGUGUGAGGACAUGCUGCACGAGGCACAGAAGGACAAUAAAAACCUGCGAAAUAAGAGUCUGCCCAACAGUACGGUGCAGAGGUACACUGCGUUGGCCUCAGUCCUCCCCAUGGACUCUCUGGCUGCGGAGAUAGAGGGCACCUUCCGCAAAGGUCUGGACUCUCCCGCUCCCUCGGCGUACAAGAACCACCCAUGGCGUGUGUUUGAAACAGUGAAGGUGGUAAACAAAGCAGGGAGAAUGCGGUCCCAGUGUCACUCACCAGGGCUGCCAGGAUCCAGCCCUGUGUCUGCACACUCCAGUUGCACCAGCACCCCUCGAACCAGCUACUACUGUUCUGAUAAUGCCAGCUUAAUCCUGGAGGACAAGCCCAGCUCCACUACAGCUCAGAAAGAGGACAGCAAUGUUGGUGGGCCAAAACGCCUGGGUCAGCCAGGCACACCUGGAGGUCAGGACCUAGAAGCUGCUCUGCGCAACCUCUCAGCUCGCCAGCAGAGCCACUCCUCUGACCGGCCCUUCUUCGACGUGGAGAGGGAACGGAAACUCCGUGCCUUGGCGGCAAACUGUGAGGAGGGCGACGGCUCCAGUGGCUUUCUGACACCAAACGACAGCCUGGCCUCCAGCUCAGCUGCAUCGACGGGCACCAACUACUCCAACGGGAGCUCACGGCACUCCUGUGGCUCCUCAGGAGGCUCAAGGUCCUACCUGCCAGACCGCCUGCAGAUUGUUAAACCUCUAGAAGGCUCCGUGACCCUGCACCACUGGCAGCAGCUAGCGAAACCAAACCUGGGGGGCAUCCUCCACCCUCGCCCUGGAGUCCUGACCAAAGACUUCAAGGAGCUGGAGGUGGACGUACAGCAUGUCUACAGCCUGAACGACCUGGAGGAGGACGAGCCUGACUUGUCACAGCUUUCUGCAGCUCAUGGUUUGGCCUCUUCAUUGGGUCCCAACCUCCCUCAGACCUUCCCCAUACAUCCCAAAACCACCUGCAAAGUCCUCCAACCCUCCCCUCUCAUCCCUUCCUUCUCCAAUCGCCUUCGCUCUUUCAGCCUGCCACCUCGUCGGGACGGUGAGCACGUGAGUGCCUCAUCUUCCUCCCACCUCCAGCACUUUUACCGCACAAGCCUCACCUCCACCGCCGGCACCACCUCAUCACUGGGACUCCUGCAGCUGCUGCAGCAACACGGCAUCUCCGCCUCCACCGACCCCUACAGCAACCUGCAAUACGACCAUGCAGCGCCGCCUCCUCCUUCCUCCCCUGUGAGACAGAGAGGAGGACGCAGCUUGUCCUCGGACAGAAACCGGGGGAGAAGCCUCUUCAGUCUGAACUUGGUGGAGAAGCUUCAGAACCUUGGGCUGCACAGGGUGGCUGCCUGGGGAAUGAUGGGGUGCAGUGGGAAUGAGAGACACCAUCACCCUGCCACAUUGUGAGGGGCUUACCUGACUACUCCUCUUCACCACCGUGACUUCGCAUUAAGCCAUGAGAUUCCCCACAGUGCAAUUCACGACCCACCACAGCACCCGUGUUUUGAAAGACAGAAUGCCACUGAAUGUGUUGGAGCCAUGCUUGACACCUUAUCUGAGUAAAGUGACGAACUCAUCUUCAUUCAGCUAGUGCUCAUCUCAGGAGCUAAUUACCACUGCUUUCCACCACACACACACAGAACAGCAAACAGAAUCUUUUAUAUUGUGUUUGUGAGCAUCAUUUUAUUAUUUUUCUCCAUGGCUGGUUUUAAAAAUGUAACCGCUUGUUUUUCUUUUUUAGUUUUCAAAGUGUAAAUAUUUGCAUUCUUGUUUGAUAUUUAAGAAAAAAAAAAAAGACUACAUGCAGUAAAAACUGAAGUUGUGACACUGAAGAACAUCCAGAUACAGUAAAACUGCAGCACUGGUGUUCCUGUAUUUUAGAGCUGCUACAUUGAGAAAAGCUUCAUGUUGUACAGAAGAUCCAGGUAUGCUGAUACAGACGUGCUGCAACGUCGCCCCUCUCCUGCUCUCACGCCCUGCAUACCUUAUUAUCUCAUACUAUUGUGUAAAUCUGAGCCACGCCCGAGUGAACGGGUUCCACUGUCAGCAUCACAGAAACUGAUCAAGUUGACUCUACUGUAUUUCACACCAUCAGGAAUCUGUUUAACUGCUGGGGUUUCUGUCUGAUCAUGACCGUUUUUCCGGGCAUUAAGAGUGAUUUCUCAAUGUUUGUUAGUUUUUAAGUAGUGAGAUUCAUUCAGAAUAAUCAAAUUUAUUAAAAAAACGGCAUAGGAUAUUGUGGAUUUAAAAGGGAAGAAAUCAUAAAUGCAGGUUAUAAGUAGUUUUUCACCUAAAUACACCAAAUUCCUGUUCCUCUGCACUGCUCUUCACUGUUGUCUGCCAGCUAUGUAUCAGUGUGUGUUUUACCACCUGAGAAUAAAACCAUGCAUCUCCAUCAA